UUCCUUCUCCCACCCUGAUAAUUUCGAGAGAAAACAGAGGAGAAAAUCACGCAGAGAGAGAGGGAGGGAGGGAGGGAGGGAGGGAGGGGAUAUAAACACCCGCCACUUUCAUUUGAUUUCGUGGGGGUGUUUGUAUUUUUGGCAGAGAGAGGGAAACCAGGAAAAGAAGAGGAAAACGAAGAAAAGUGUUUUGUGUGUGUGAGAGAAACUAUUGGUGAAUGGUGAGAAAGGAGGAGGAGAAGCAGAAGAAGGAGAAGGGAAUGCAACUUGGAAAAUACGAGCUCGGAAGGACUCUAGGCGAAGGCAAUUUCGGGAAAGUUAAACUGGCUAAGAACAUUGAGACUGGCCAACCUUUUGCUGUUAAGAUUCUUGAAAAGAACAGAAUCAUCGACCUCAAGAUCACCGAUCAGAUUAAAAGGGAGAUUGCAACUUUGAAGCUCCUCAAGCAUCCAAACGUUGUCAGAUUACAUGAGGUCCUAGCAAGCAAAUCCAAGAUUUAUAUGGUCCUUGAAUAUGUAACUGGAGGGGAAUUGUUUGAUAGAAUCGCAUCAAAGGGCAAGCUUCCAGAAGCAGAGGGCAGGAAGAUGUUCCAGCAGUUGAUUGAUGGUGUCAGUUACUGUCAUAGCAAAGGUGUUUUUCACAGGGAUCUUAAGCUAGAGAAUGUUCUUGUUGAUGCAAAAGGAAACAUCAAGAUAUCUGAUUUUGGACUCAGUGCUUUGCCCCAGCAUUUUAGGGAUGACGGGUUAUUGCAUACAACCUGUGGAAGUCCUAACUAUGUUGCGCCUGAGAUUCUCUCGAAUAGAGGUUAUGAUGGUGCUACAUCAGAUAUAUGGUCAUGCGGUGUUAUUUUGUAUGUAAUUCUCACAGGGUACCUGCCUUUUGAUGAUAGAAAUCUUGCUGUUCUAUAUCAAAAGAUCUUCAAGGGGGAUGCUCAGGUACCAAAAUGGUUGUCACCGGGUGCUAAAAAUAUGAUAAAGAGGAUUCUUGAUCCCAACCCUGUUACCAGAAUAACAACAGCAGAUAUCAAAGCUGAUGAAUGGUUUAAGCUGGACUAUACUCCGAUGGAUUCUGCAGAAGAACAAGAUGAUGUAUAUAUCGACGACGCAGCUUUUUCGAUUCAGGAAGCGCCAUCAGAAGAUGGGAGUCCAAAAUCACCCAACCUCAUCAAUGCUUUUCAAUUAAUUGGGAUGUCCUCAUGCCUAGACCUCUCAGGUUUAUUUGAGAAAGAGGAUGUUUCUGAGAGGAAGAUCAGAUUUACAUCCAAUCAUUCUAUGAGCGAUUUGCUCGAGAAGAUAGAGGAUAUUGUGACGGAGAUGGGGUUUCGAGUCCAGAAGAGAAAUGGAAGAUUUCAAGUGAUUCAAGAGCACAGAGGAAAGAAAAGUUCGGGCAGUCUUUCUGUUGCCACAGAGGUGUUUGAGAUUAGCCCAUCACUGUAUGUAGUUGAAUUAAGAAAAUCUUAUGGAGAUUCUUCAGCAUACAGACAGUUGUGUACAAAGCUAUCAAAUGAUUUAGGUGUCCCCUCAAGUCCAGGACUGUUGACCACAGAAGUAUGAUUAUUUGCCUUUGCAUGAUCGACAUGGCCAUCCAUCAUCAAUGGCUCUAAGACUCAGCACAAUGCAUGAGUCCGAUCGGCCGGCCGUUUUUGUUGUGAGGCGUCAAGAAACAUACAGAAGUUGGGAUGCCUGUAGAUUCAGAGUUAGAUUUGUUAUUCAUAUGUGAAUAAUUCAUUCCAUUUUUCUGUACUCUCUUGUAAAAAAAACAUAUUAUUUUUCCACCACCACUCGGUCUUUCUCGCCUCGGCUUUCAUAUUGAAUUAAAGAAAUGGAUUAUUGGGUC